AUGGGAUACGUGCAGCGGUCUGGCGAUCCGGGUUUCAAGCCCGUCCAAAGUAUCUACGAAGGGCGGCUUCGCCAAUUCAUUGACGAUGGUGGCAACUACAAAAAGCUCAAUUUGCCCCGUUUCUACGAUAAACAACGUAUUUCGCUCGACCAGGACCACGUCAAAGUGCAAUGGUAUCAGGUUGAGUUCAAAAAGGGCUCAUCGCCGGUGUCAUCUGACAAGAGACCUCCGUGGGAUGAGAUCGUUCGUCGUGACAAGAAUCACGAGCUGGAGUUUCGAGAUGUCUGGAAGGGCCAGCCUUUUGGUCCCAGUUGGUCUACAACAUGGUUUAAAGUGCAAUUGGAAGUGCCUGACAAGUGGCUAGACAGCGAAGAACAGCUGGUGUUCGAAUGGGACUGCAACAAUGAGGGCAUCGUAAUCGACCCAGAAACGCUUAUACCCAAGACGGCGUUUUCGGGUGGGAAUGAGAGAACAGAGUAUCUGUUGCCUAAGGGCCAGAAAAAGCAUGCGUUCUACAUCGAGUGCGGUAACAACGGCAUGUUCGGUUGUGGUUUCGGGUCCUCACCACCUGACGACAACCGGUAUUUCCAUCUCGACAAGGCGGAUCUGGUGUGGCCCAAUUGGGACGCACGCGCCCUUCGGAUCGAUUUCUGGAUGCUGACGGACGCCGCCCGCGAGCUUCCCGGUGAUUCGUGGCAAAAACAUAAGGCUCGUCAAAUUGGAAACGCCGUCAUGGAUUUGUUCGACCCAGAAGACUCAAAAAGUGUCAAGAACUGUCUAGAGCUACUUCACAAGGAGUAUUUCGAUAAGUUUCCGCAUAGUUCUGAAGUUUAUCAGAAUGGGGAUACAAGCCUUGUGAACGAUGUGUAUGCAAUGGGCAACUGUCACAUUGACACGGCGUGGCUGUGGCCCUUUGCAGAAACACAUCGAAAAAUUGUACGGUCGUGGACCUCGCAAUGCACCUUGAUGGACAAAUAUCCGGAAUAUCAAUUCGUAGCCUCUCAAGCGCAACAGUUCAAGUGGCUUUUGAAAGAACAUCGAAAUUUUUUCAAUGACGUUUUGAUCCCUAAGAUCCAACAGUCUCAGUUUUUCCCCAUUGGUGGAUCCUGGGUCGAAAACGAUACCAACAUCCCAUCCGGUGAAUCUCUGUGUCGCCAGUUUUUCUUUGGCCAGAGGUUCUUUUUGAAGCAUUUCGGUUCGAAAUCAGACGUGUUUUGGCUUCCUGACACGUUUGGAUAUUCUUCGCAAAUUCCACAAAUCGCAAGGAUUUCGGGCAUCGACAAGUUUUUGACACAAAAGUUGUCCUGGAACAACAUAAAUAACUUCCCGCACUCUACUUUCAAUUGGGUAGGUAUUGAUGGGUCUCAACUGUUAUCGCAUAUGCCACCAGGAAACACUUAUACAGCACAAUCUCAUUUUGGGGACGUGUUGCGCACUGCAAAAGGCAACAAAAACUCCGAUGUAUACGGCUCGGGUCUCAUGCUUUAUGGUAAAGGUGAUGGCGGUGGAGGUCCUACAAGUGAAAUGAUUGAAAAGAUGCGCCGUAUAAGAUCUAUGAGCAAUCGCAAUGGAAAUGUGGUUCCCAAAUUGCAUGUUGGCUCAACUAUUGACGAAUUCUAUCAGGACAUUCUAAAGAAAACAAACAAUGGUAAGAAGCUGCCAACAUGGGUCGGAGAACUCUAUUUUGAGUUUCAUAGGGGAACUUACACGACACAGGCACAAGUCAAACGAUUGAUGAGAACCAGCGAAAUUAAAAUUCACGACCUUGAAUGGCUUGCGACAAAAGCGUCCUUACUCUAUCCAGACGAUUACAAGUACCCAAUCAAUAAAAUAAACGACUUAUGGGAAGACAUACUUCUAUGCCAGUUUCAUGAUGUUUUACCUGGUUCCUGUAUCGAAAUUGUCUACAAAUAUGAGGCGCGGCCAAUGUUGCGGAAGGUGAUCGAGAAGACGGACGAGCUUUUGGACCACGUAUUGAAAGUCCUGAAGGAAAAGGGCAAAAAUUCUGUCGCUGUCGGUACUCUCCAGCCAUUCGAUGACACCGGCGCUGCUCCCAAAUCACCUUCCUCCGUUUUCGUAGAAGAAACUGACAAUCAUAUCAAAUUAAUCAGCGGAGAGCUGGAAGUUGUUUUAGAUAAAGCAAAAGGUGUCAUAUCUUCAAUCAGAGACUCUACGCGGGACACAGAAUUUCUGGAUUUGGAGAGUGGGCGAAACACGCUGGGCGCCAACCAAUUUGUUCUAUUUGAUGACAAACCUCUCGGCUGGCAGGCCUGGGAUACCGAAUUGUACUCUACAAAUCAAUACGAUUACAUUACGACUUUGGAAAAGCUUCACGUUACUGAGACAUCUCGCGAAAAAUGCACGGUUGAGGCUGUUUUCAAGGUCAAGGAUGACUGCAAGAUUGUCACAUCAAUCACUGUUCGGCAGCAAACGGGAGAGCAAAAUGGAGGCCUUAUCGAGAUCGAAACCACGGUCAACAACUGGGGGCCAACAAACAAAUUUCUCAAAGUCGAAUUUCCUGUGAACGUCCGCAACGACUAUGCUUCGUAUGAAACCCAAUUUGGCAUCACUAAAAGACCCACCCAUUACAACACUUCCUGGGAUGUUGCCAAGUUCGAAGUGUGUCACCAUAAGUUCGCAGACUAUUCCGAAUUUAGCAAAGGUGUUUCUGUCAUAAAUGACUGCAAAUACGGUUUUUCUACUCACGGCAAUCUAAUGCGUUUGUCACUACUUCGCGCGCCUAAGGAACCCGAUGCCAAUGCCGACAUCGGAACCCAUACUAUGAGGUAUGCCAUUUUCGCACAUAAGGGAGCAUUAUCGCAUGAAACCGUCCAUAAGGCAUUACAAUUCAAUUAUAAUCACAGAUACGAUAUUCCAGAAAGUGUUUCUCGCGAGUUUGACGGCGUCAUACGGAUCAAGGGUGACCCUAAUGUGAUCUUGAGCAACAUCAAGCGUGGAGAAGAUGACAAGGAGCUGGCCUCUGAGUACACGAUCAAAUCCUGGGACCAGAAGUCGCUCAUUGUAAGAGUCUAUGAAUCACUGGGUGGUGAGGCCUCUGCCACGCUGUCAACUAGCCUACCGGUCAAAAGCGUCACCAAGAUUGACAACUUGGAACUCGAAUCAAAACUGGAGGUAGAGUUCAAGACCGGCAAAAUACCUAAAACCAGCGUGCCACAAAAUGAAGUUAAAAUAAAGCUCAGACCAUUCGAAAUAAGCACCUACAGGUUUGUCUUUGAUUAA